UAAUUUAUGUGCAUAAUUAAAAAUUUCACACUUAAAAUCAUUAAAAUAUUUAUUUCAAGUCAACAUAUAAAAACUCCAAGAGAGUAGAGUAGGGUAAAGAGUAGAAGCAGAUACGUGACGUGGACGGUGUUGGAAGGCGCGUGAGGAGAGGGAUCUUAUUGUCACAGUGACACUUCAUCCAUGUCUUGCAUUUUCUUUUUUCCCAAAACCCAAUCUGAAAGCCAAUCAUAAACAGCAACCAAAUUAAAAAACAUAGAGGCAACCUCAUCUCAUCAUCCCCCUCACACACACCCAUAUAGACAGACAAGCCCGACAUUCUGUCCGAAGAUAGAGAUUUGAGAGAGAUAGAGAGAGAGAGAAGCAGAGGACAUGAGGAAUCCUUCGUCAUCAUCAUCGCCAUCAGGAAAGGCUGGAGGUGGGUCUGGGUCGGCGGCGGCGGGCAAGUCGACGACGACGACGCCGUGCUGUAGCAAGGUGGGGCUGAAGAGAGGGCCAUGGACGCCGGAGGAGGAUGAGCUUCUGGCCAAUUACAUCAAGAAGGAAGGCGAGGGCCGGUGGCGGACCCUCCCCAAGCGUGCCGGGCUUCUACGCUGCGGCAAGAGCUGCCGCCUCCGCUGGAUGAACUAUCUCCGUCCAUCCGUCAAGCGCGGCCAGAUCGCCCCCGACGAAGAAGAUCUCAUUCUUCGCCUCCACCGCCUCCUCGGCAACCGGUGGUCGUUGAUAGCUGGGAGAAUUCCAGGACGUACAGACAAUGAGAUAAAGAAUUACUGGAACACUCACCUCAGCAAGAAGUUGAUCAGCCAAGGCAUAGAUCCAAGAACCCACAAGCCAUUGAACCCGGACUCCUCCGCCGCGGCUGCCAACAAAGCUUCUUCAUCAAAAACCAAUCGCAAUAUUAUCCCAAACCCUAACCCUAAUCCCGCUUCUCCUGUUGUCACAGAAGAGACUCCUGAAAAUGGAUACUUCCAAAACCCUAAUUUGGACGAUCAGUUACUCCAUGGCUAUUCAGCUUUGCCAAACUCUGAUGGUUCAGCUGGGAUGGGCUUGAGAAGCAAUUACAAUAAUGGCCCCAGCAGCACUGAAGAAGAAGAUGACAUAAAUUACUGCUCCGAUGAUGUGUUCUCUUCCUUCCUCAACUCAUUGAUCAAUGAAGACCCAUUCGCCGCCCAACACCAUCUUCUGCUGCAACAGCAACAACAACAACAACCUAGUACUGGGAUUGCGCCGGUGUCUCUGUCUGACCCUUUGAUUUCCAUCACUGCAUCGAGCUUUGGCGGCCUCGGGGCUGGCUGGGAAUCUGCAAUAAUGUCUUCAACUUUCAACCAAAAUGAGCCCAAGAGGGAAUAAUCGAGUUGAAUAGAAUUUCCUUUCAUAUAUAUAUACCAGCUGCUUGCAUUGGGUAUGAAAAUGCAAGCAAUUUGAUAUAUAUAUAUUUAUAUAGUUAAUGAAAAGUCUAGGGUUUGUCCUAUUAUGAUCGAUCAUCAUUUUAUGUAUGUUUGUCUAUUCUUAUUCCACAUCUUAUUUUCGUGGCUGUAAUGUGUGUGGUAAUGUAUUGUUGUUGUUGUAGACAAAGAACAGACUGAACAGUACUGUAAUAAUAUUAUAGAUUGCAUCUUGAAUGA